UGACAAGCAAUGGAGUAUAGAAUCUACUUGAAUUGUAUGGUCAUAAUAAUGAAAUAAUAAGAGUCUCCCACUCCCACGCCUGGCUGGUGCCCCUUGGAGGGGGGGCAGAUCGAGUUUCCUUCCCCUCCCUGAGCAGAGCCCCGGCAGCUGAAGACCUCCAGAACCCAGCACAGCCAUGCUCACGGCCAUUCUCCACAAGCUCUGAUGAGUCUCACGUAUGAAGGAACAAGCAGAGGAACCCAGGCCUCUUCCCAGUUCCCUGGAAGUCGGGUACCACGUGCCCCUCCUGUACAACCCCGGCUCGACUGGACCAAGAGCCUUCAAGUUUCCAUGGAGCAGCGCGCGCUGCAGCGGCCCUGCUUGUCCCAGCUGCUGUCUCUCCUGGCGGCGCUGGCUUUGCAGGCUCCCUGUGCCGGUGCCACCCCGGACCUGGGACUGUGGCCCCUGCCGCUCUCUGUGAGGAUGUCUCCGCGCCUACUGCACCUGUCCCCCAAGACCUUCCAGAUCAAGCAUGAGCACUUUUCCAGAGUCGGCCCCACCUGCUCCAUCCUGCAGGAAGCUUUCAUUCGGUACCAUAAGGAUAUUUUUGGUAACGACAUAAAGUAUCAAGGCCCGACUGAGUCUGAGCAUAAAGCAAAGUUGCAGAAACUGCUGGUCUCAGUGGUUCAUGAAUCAAAGUGCGACUCUUUCCCCAGUAUCUCUUCAAAUGAAUCCUAUAAGUUGACGGUAAAAGAACAGACGGCUUACCUCAGUGCCAGCAGUAUUUGGGGUGUGUUGAGAGGUUUAGAAACCUUUAGCCAGUUAAUUAUUAGAGAUACUUCUAAUACUUUCACCAUCAAUGAAUGCAACAUUACUGAUUCUCCACGAUUUCCUCAUAGAGGUAUUUUAAUUGAUACAGGCAGACACUUCCUGCCAGUUAAGAGCAUUUUAGAAACUCUGGAUGCCAUGGCUUUUAACAAGUUCAAUGUUCUCCACUGGCAUAUAGUUGACGAACAGUCUUUCCCAUAUCAGAGUGUUGCUUUUCCAGAGCUAAGCACUAAAGGAGGCUAUUCCCCAUUUCAUGUGUAUACUCCACUCGAUGUCCAUAAGGUGAUUGAAUAUGCUCGGUUACGAGGGAUUCGAGUCAUACCAGAAUUUGAUACCCCUAUGCAUGUAAAAUUUUCAGAUAAAGGUCAGAGCAACUUCCUAACUUUCUGCUUAAAACAAGAAUGGCCAUCUGCACCAUUUCUACCUCUAAACCCUGUACAGAAUUCAACUUACGUCUUCAUGUCUAAAUUUUUCGCAGAGAUUUAUAAAGUGUUUUCAGAUAAAUAUAUUCAUUUGGGAGGAGAUGAAGUCGGAUUCAAUUGUUGGAUGUCCAAUUCAGAAAUUAAAGCCUUUGUGAAACGCAGCAGCUCUUACAAUGAUUUUAAAAAACAGGAAUCUUAUCAUAUUAAAAAACUUUUGAGUAUUAUUGCAAAUCUAAGGAGAAGAGUCAUAGUCUGGCAAGACGUUUUUGAUGAUGAUAUUAAGCUUUAUCCAGGCACAGUAAUUCAAAUAUGGAAAUCCGAUAGAUAUACCAUUGAAGAGGCAAAAGUCUCAGCAGCUGGAUUCCAUAUCAUACUUUCUGCUCCUUGGUAUUUAGAUGGUAUCAGUUAUGGAGAAGACUGGAAAAAUUAUUAUUUAGCAGAACCUCUUGAUUUUUCUGGCUCUCAGAAACAGAAACAACUUGUCCUUGGUGGAGAAGCUUGUCUAUGGGGAGAAUAUGUGGAUGAAACUAAUCUCACGCCAAGAUUAUGGCCCCGGGCAAGUGCAGUUGGUGAGAGACUGUGGAGUCAUCAAGAAGUUCGUGACCUGCAGGAUGCCUAUCACAGACUAACAAUUCACCGCUGCAGAAUGGUCAGACGUGGAAUAGCUGCACAACCUAUUUCUGUUGGAUAUUGUGAACGUGAGUUCAACAUGUAAAAAAUGAAAUGAAAUAAAAUGGAACUAUAGGAGAGCAAAAUGCUCAGAGAAAUCUCUACUACAAUCAAAUAUAAUCAGUUUUAUUUUGAAAUCAUG